AUGCGUCCUUCGACCUCUACAAACGUCGCCCUGGCAACACUGCUGGCAGUGCUGGGUGUCGACGCUCACAUGAUCAUGAACACGCCUGUCCCAUACAACCUAAACGGCCAGGCGCCACUGCUUCAAACGUCGCCUCUGGGUCCCGACUUUGCCUUUCCGGGCCAGGGACUGUCGCGAGUCGUCGAGAUGAACAAGUACGCCGCCGGUGGCGCCCCGAUCGAGGUGCAAUUCACCGGUUCCGCCAUGCACAAGGGCGGCUCGUGCCAGUUCUCCGUGGCCCCCGGAACCACGCCGCCGAGCGACCCCAAGGCCUGGAAGGUCAUCACCUCCAUCAUCGGCGGCUGCCCCGGCGAGACGGACGGCGAGGGUAACCUUCAGACCAUCGGGCAAGACCCAGAGGGUCGGCCGACCGCCCAGCAGUGCACAUCCUUUGAGGAGAAGGAGUGCCUCAAGACCUUCAAGAUCCCGGUGCCCAAGGAGCUCGCGAGCGGCAGCUACACGUUCGCGUGGACCUGGUUCAACACGGUCGGCAACCGCGAGAUGUACAUGAACAUGGCCCCCAUCGAGGUCUCGGGCGGCGCCAGCGAGGCGGCUGGCCAGAGCUACCUCAACAGCCUGCCGUCCAUCUUUGUCGCCAACAUCAAGGGCAACCCCGUCAGCACCUGCACCACCUCGCCGGGCGUCCUGGGCUUUCCCGAGCCUGGAAGCGUCGGCAUGGUCCUCCAGCCUCCCACGGCGGGCUCAUCUGGUAGCUGCCCGGCGCCUGCUGCGGCACCCAGCUUCGAGCAGGACAUCCGCGCGAUGCAGGACGGCGGUGCCGCGCCGGCCCCGCCCUCCGGAGGGAGCGACAACGGCAACGAUGGCGGCGAGAAGGGCGACUAUGGUGGCAACGAGGAGACAGCAAGCACUGCUCCUCCUGCCACCACCGAUGUGCCCAGCGGUGUCUACAUCAACCCUACCACCCCCACCACCCUCGCCACUGUCGUCAAGGACCCCGAGACGGCUGCUCCCCCCGCCGCGACGCCCGUGCCGGCACCCAACGCAGGCUACGGUGGUGGUCUCCAGGGCACCAAGGUCGCCUGCGCGACGGACGGCGAGCUCAUCUGCAUCGGCGCGCAGCAGUUUGGCAUCUGCAACUUUGGCUACGCGCUGCCGCAGGAUCUGGCGGCGGGCACCGCCUGUGCUAACGGCCAGAUCGCCAAGCGCUCGGCAAUGGAUUCUUGA